AUGGCAGGUAAAGAUUUUUCUCUCUCAAGUGAGUUAGUCAGUGAGAACAUAUCAUACGAUCUCUCGCACAUGAAAGCCUCAAUAAUAUAUAACGGCAAUGAAUAUAGUCUAGAUGAGAUUUACAACUUACCUACAGGUGAUAAACUGGUCUCGGUCAGGUACUACGAUGAUGCAACCUUAGACGUUAAUAAAGAGUUGGUAUUAACGCUAGAUAACGCAUAUGGUGAAAUAUUUGACUACCCAAUAGAGUAUGUACUAAAAGGAGGGACGGUAGAUCAAUUAUUGAAUAAGGCUGUUAGAUACGUAAUCAGCGAUGACGGAGCAGAACAGUUGGCCAACGGGACUAUACCUAAAGGAGUGAAGGGCUUCUUAACGCGUAUCACUUACGACCCUAUAUCUACUCAUGACGACAUAAUCAGUCGAGCAAGAAAUUAUAUUUCACAAAAUAAAAGGUACUCUCACGCUAAUUGUGGGGUGGCGUGUAGUCUGUGUAAGUGUAAGAGAGUAACAGACAGAUGGAAACAGAAUUGCUCGUCUGGAUCGCCCUACGGCCAACCAAUAUGUACUUGGAUCGAUUUAUCAUCUUAA